AUGGCAAGCCCAGAAACGCAGGCGUUACACUAUACUCCACAGCAAAACGACAUUGUUGAAAGAAGGAAUCGAUCCGUGUGUGAAGCUGCUCGCACCAUGUUAUGCUUCGCGUCCUUGCCAUUAUAUUUCUGGGCUGAUGCAAUUGCAGCUGCUUAUGUUAAGAAGUUAAAAGCAACAGAAGAUGCAUCCCAAGAUAUAUUUCCAAAGAAUUGUCAAGUUACCAUCUCCAUCUCGAAUCUUUUUGACCAAUUCAUGCUCUUGUUUUAUGAGCCUCAAAAGGCAAUUGACUCUGAAUCAACUUCAAAAGACAACAAAGUUGAUAAUCUGAAACAAGUUAUAGAUGAUGCUGCUAGAAAAAUGGUUGAUGAUCAAUCCAAAGGAACCAAAAGUGAAGAUGCAAGCGAACCUUCUGGUGACCAUCCUACUGUUGAGGGGGAGGGUUCCUCUCCUCAUCAUGAUCAAGUUUCUUCAUUCCAGGGGGAAAACUCAUCGCCAAAUACAACAAGCUCUACUGAAAUUCUGACCAAUGAAGGGGAUUCAAAUGUUGGUCUUGAACAGGAAUCAUUCUUCGAGGGGGAGAAAACAGUUGGUGAAGAUGACAUUUUUUUUCAUCCAUCUGUUGGUCCACGAGACCUUACACCCACAAUACUUCGUUCCAUUGAAGAGGCUGACAAACCAGCCAAGAGGGGUAAGAAGCCUGAAUCGCAGAAGGAGGGACCGGUCACAAAACCAAACAAGGGACAGGCCCCCAAGAAGAGAACAACUGAUAAGGCUGCUCCUUCUCAACCUCAACCCAAAAAGCUGAAGAAGCCUGCUAGGAGACUUAUUCUUCAAUCCUCCAGUGAUUCGGAUUCAGAAUAUGUUCCUCCUAAGCAGAAGAACGCUCCACCUUCAGAUUCUGAGAGUGAUAAAUCUGAUGAAGAAGCUUCGGACCGAGGGGACACUUCGCCUCGCUCCCCUACUCCAGAAAUUCUGGUUCGUUCUUUGCCUCCUUCAUCUCCACCUGUUACCUUUCCAGUUUCUAUCCCUCCUAUCCCUCCAAUAACUACCUCUCAACCAUUCACUACAAUUCCUAUUCCCACUCCCAUUUUCACAGAUACAAUCUCUACCACUACUACUAAACCUACCUUUACCGCUCCCAAUCCACUUGUAACUAAACCUCCUUUUACAACCGAACCUACAUUCACAACCGAAGCUCCACCUUCUUCAAAACCCUUGUCUCCUACACAAUCUACUGAAACAGCCCCUAUUUUGGGCGGUGAGGACUUGGAAUUCGAUUCUACAUAUUUCAGUCCUUAUCGAGUGCAGAGCGAGGAUGAUGGCGACGAGCCAAUUACCAAACGUCAUAUCAAAGCAGUCAAUGACAAGCUUUAUCAACUGCUUUCCUCUUCCUCCUCUGGUGCCCCUUCAGAAGCUGCUUUAAAAGCAUUGUUCUUGUCGGUUGUUGCCGAACACAAUGCUACCCUAUGUGCUGCAGCUAAGGCUAUUGAAGCCUCCUCUUCGCAAUGUCAACAGGCCUCUAUCGCUAUUGAUGCCUCGACUAAGGAGUGCAAGGAAGCAACCGCAAAAGUCGAUAAACUAGUUUCAGAAGCUCACUUGUUUCUAGAUUCUUUGCAGGCUACUGCUGCCAAGAAUGUUGCAACUGGCAACACCUCAGUAAAGACUCUUCAAUCUGAGUGUUCAAACCUGGAAGCGGCACGCCAUGCCAUUGAAGAAGCAAAUGCAUCGCUCCAUGCUAAAGUCAACGAACGCUUAACUCAACUUGAAGCGGACUUAGCUAUGGAAAAUCGGAUCAUGGACAAGCUUGACAGACGUACAGCCCAACUUAAACUACAACUACACAAGGUGUGUACUACUAAUGCGGAGAUUAAUGACCUCAAGUCCGAAAGGCAGGUUAUCCGGAGUUCUGCUGCCGAUGUUCAAUCCAUUCUCCUUCAUCUUAUUGAGGCGAAUGAUCCACUUAUCACUAUCACUGUCCGAAGGCAUUUGGAAGACAAGCUCAGACCGGCACUGGACGUUCUCAGCCGUAUCGAGGGUGUUCCGGUGACUAGGGUCCAACCGAAACAAGGGAGAGAGAAAGAGUCAAAGCAGCAACCUCCUCCUUCUAGCUCAAAACCGGCUAUUGAACCGAAGGUUAAUAAAGCUUCGGUCAGUAACAAAGAUAAGAAGAAGAAGAAAAUUGGUGAAGACGACACAGACAAUAAAGAUGAUGUCUAUGUCGACAUUCCCAAGAAACCUUUCCCGCAGGACAAUACUUCUGAAAAACAAAUGGAAGAAAUCACCAAGAAGCAGUGCGCUGAGCUAGAACAGAAGCGAAAGGAGGCGGAGCUCCUUGAGAAGAAAAAGUCUAUGUUUCCUGUAUGGACUAAAGACUUGCUUCAGUGGUGUGCAAUCGACGAGCCAACUGUUCUCUGGCUCGAGCCAAUAAUGUCCUUUGGCCUUGACAACUCCAAGGAUGCACAAGGCGAAGGCCAAAAAUGUCUAUUCGCUCGUGUCGACAAACACCUCUUCUUGACGACUUGUCUCGAGCAUAUCUUGGAGAUCAUUCAAAGGUGUGACCAGAAUAAUGUUGUUGAUAAGAAGCUAUUCGUUGACAUGCUAAGGUGGUACAUUCAGUUUAGACAAACUCUUCUUGCCAUUAUUCCUCGAUUAUUCAAAGUUAUCAAGAUGGUGAAGCCUGCUCAGAAGAAAUAA